ACGACUUGCGAGAACAUCAUUAGCAUUUAGUCACCUGUGAUUGUGGUUCAGAAUAUUCAAAGUAGCCACGCUCAACCAAGUUGUUAACAGUAAAAGAACAUGUUGAAAUAUAAGAUUUUUAGUUUCAUAGUUUUCAUAGUGUUUUGUGGAAAGUUUGCGGCUAGUGCGGGUUUGCAAAGAGAUCGUCGACAAGAGUCUGCCCGUGACCAAGAUGAUGAGACCCGUGAACCUGUUAAAUAUGAUGGCGCCCAAUUGUGGAGAAUACCAAUUAGUAAUGAGGUAGAGCGGAAUGCGGUCGCCGAACUCGAAACCAAGUAUGACGGACUUAAAUGGAAGACGGUUGAAAAUAGAGUAGACAUCAUGAUCGACAAAAGUGCACGGGAGAGUGCCCGCAGCUAUUUACAAAAUUCAAAUAUAACGUACAGAAUUUUGAUAGAUGAUUUGCAGAAGUUAAUCGAAGUGGAGAAUCCGCCAAAGGAGGAAAUUGAAUUGCUGCAAAAUCGAAAAGGACAUCGCCUAACAUGGAAAGCAUAUCAUAAUUUCAACGACAUUGUUGGAUAUUUAGAUUAUCUCGCUAAAACCUACCCCGAUCUAUGCAGCGUCCAAACAAUUGGAACAACGCAUGAAGGCCGCGCAUUGAAACUAUUGAAAAUUUCAAACGGUCAUCCGGCGAAUGAAGCCAUUUGGAUUGAUGGUGGAAUACAUGCUCGUGAAUGGAUUAGUCCUGCCGUCACCACUUAUAUCAUCAAUCAUCUUGUCGAAAAUUGGGAGGAGCUGCCCAGCUACUUAAAGAAUAUCGAUUGGCACAUUUUACCAGUUUUAAACCCCGAUGGCUAUGAUUAUUCUCAAAAAUUCAACCGUUUAUGGCGUAAAAAUCGUAGUCGCAAUCCAGGCAGCAACUGUCGCGGUGUAGACUUGAAUCGAAAUUACGGUUACAUGUGGGGUGGUGAAGGCACUUCGUCGAAUCCUUGCAGUGAGGUUUAUCGAGGAAAGGGAGCAUUUUCCGAGCCGGAAACUGCCGCCGUUCAAAACUUUAUAACUUCCCAACGAAAGGGUGACUAUUUCAAAGCAUUCCUCACAUUCCACAGCUAUGGGCAGUACAUAUUGUAUCCAUGGGGCUAUAGUAAAGCCAUCACUCCAGACAACAAUGACAUGAAGCUAGCUGGGACGCAAGCUGCGACGGCAAUAAGAAACGGAUCGGGAGCUACAUAUCAAGUUGGUCCUGCGGCAAUUCUGUUAUAUCCAGCUGCAGGAGGUUCUGACGAUUGGGCUAAGGGUACUAUGGGUAUCAAAUACAGCUUCACAGUGGAGUUGCGUGAUACAGGCAGAUACGGCUUUAUUUUGCCAGCAUCAUAUAUUGAACAGAGUGGUCAAGAAGCAUUUAAUUUCGUCGAUGCAAUGGCUAGGUCAGUUACAAUAUUGUAAUUUUAUAAUUUUUUUCGCAAUCAAUUAUCGAUAAUAAAAGUUCCAAAAUUUUAAUUCUAAUAA